GACAGCAGAGAUGCCACCGACACCACACGCAACCUCGGGCUCCACUCCGGUGGCACCCGCAGGUGACCAGGUUGGGGACAGCCCCCGGGUGAGGUGGUGGGCACUCCCCCGUUUGCUGCAUGGCUCAGCGGGGCCCACACAGACUGCUGGCCCUGAUGUCCCCUCGCAGCUCAGCCGGGAUGCCGUGGCCCUGCCACCACCUGAUGCCGUGUCCAGCAUCCUGCCCAGGACGCAGCAGAGGUCCCAGAAUGUCCACCAGGAGCGGGAGGUGAGCAGGUACCGCCUGGCGCUGAGACGUAUGGCGGGUGACCUUGUGUCCCUGCACCAGCGCGUCACCAGCCUGGAGGUAGAGAAUGGACACCUACGGCACAGCCUGGCUGGGCGUCAGGAGCCGGGCCGUGCUCUGCUCACUGAUGGGGACGUGGAUGUCAUGACCCGAGAAGAGGUCCUGGACCGGUUGGCCACCCUGAAGGAAGAACUGGUGUCCAGCACAGCGGAGAUGCGGCAGCUGAGGGACCGCGUGCAGCGGCUGCAGAAUGAGCUGAUCCGGAAGAACGAUCAGGAGAAGGAGCUGGUGCUGCUCCAGCGAGCCCACAGACAGCAGCAAGGUGCCCUGCGGCGGUGCCGGGAGGAGGUGGCCAGGACGAAGGGCCUGGAGGAGAUGGUGAGGCAGCAGGAGAAGGUGAUCAGGGUGAUGGAGCGGAUGCUGCAGGAGAAGCUCUCCAGGAGUGCUGAGAAGCCAGCAGGUGAAGCCCCAGCUGGGGAGCUGCAUGCCCUGCUGCUGGCUGAGAACCGCCGGCUGCGGGAGGAGCUGGCAAGGCCUCCAUCCCCCCCAUUGCCCCCUAGCACCCCACGGCCCCCACAGAACACCUUCGGUGGCACAGAGAAGCUGUCCCUUCUGGCCAAGCUAGAGGAGGCACAAACCCGUGGGCGAGCAAUGGAGAGGCAGCUGGAGGAGGCGGCGAGGAGAUGGGCACGAGAGAAGCAGGAGCUGGGCACUAGGCUGCUGGAGAAGGACCAUGGCUUUGGGGGCUCAGCCCCACGCCUUCUGCAUGCCACCACCUUGAAACGGCCCCCAGACCUCACCUUACCCCCCAGGAGACCCCGGACCCUGGACCCACUGCCCUAAGGGGUAUCCCUGGGGCAGGAUGCCAGAGACACCCAGAGACACCCAGAAAUUCAUGCUCACAACGAGGAUCCGC